AUGGACCGUAGUCGGGGUAGGGCCGAAUCUUCGACGAAGGUGGCAACCAGACGACGAGGAGAGGGCCGAAGGUCGAAACGGGCCGCCUACAGACAAGCAGACGCCGGAAAGCCAGCCGCCGCCCCAGUCGACCCGCCGAGCUGCCAUGGAGUCGGCACGGCGAAGCCACCUCGCCGCCGCCACCCACAGUCGGGACCAAAGCCACGCGGGGCCCCAAACCCGCGCCGCCGGCCGGAAAAAAGGCAAAAUCCGACCGGCACGCAUCACCACUACCGCUACCAUGCCGACGGCGAUGGGCGCCUCCGCCCGCGCGCGCCGUCGGCAGGCCCUUGCCGCCUCAGCCCUUGCCGCCUGCUGGACACCGGCCGGAGCAACGCCCGAUCCAAAUCUGGCGAGGAGCUCGCCGCCGCCACCCGCACAGGCACGCCCCAUCGCGCCCCUGAUGCGCAGCCGCCCGCGCCGCCAACCUUGACCGCCACCGCCGUGCCGCCCCGGCCACCGCCACGCCGCGCCGCCCUGCAGAACCGCGCGCCUCCGCGCCGUGAUGCCGUCCCGCGCCGGUCCACCGCGAUGAAGGGGAAGAUGCCCCGCCGCCACCGACGCCGGCCAAAAGCCCGGCCGUGCGAACCGGCGGCGGCGAGGGAGGGGGAAGGGGAGGGGACUGGAGGAGAUGAGCUAGGGGUCGCCUCGCCGCUCGCGGGAGCGGACGAGACGAGACAUCUCUUGCAACAUAAUCACUCGUGCCCUUGUCGAAAAGCACCGGCGCAAUGCAGAAAGGGAACAAGAAACCUUUUGGUAAGCACAGAUGUGUUGGUUACACGUACAUAA